AACACGGUCAGUCAGACAUCUGCUGCUUCACAUCAGCUCAUUACUUAAAUCCUCAGCUCCUCACUCAGUCUCGCUCUGCUCCGUUUGUCGCCUGCGUUCCUUUUUAUUCCCGUUUUUCAGGUAUUUGGACUUUUGCAGGAACGACGGGAAGCAGCCACCGUGACCUUCAGCUCCUCGCUGGGCUGAUUUCUUCAUCAUCGUUGUCUUUGUCAUUUUGCUGUUUACGUCCCAGAGCACGAGAAGAGAGUUCAGUCUGUGCUUUUCUCAGGCAUAGACAGAGACAGAGAAGUCUGGAGAUGUCUGACAUGAAGAAACUUUGAGUUGAAGAGCAAAAGCUGAAUGAAGACAAAGUGAACUGGACUCAGAAGGAAAGAUGGUGACUUUCAAAAGUGAAACCAAAGAGACCUGUUUGAAGACUGAUGAUAAACCUUCAUCUGGACAGGAGCAGCAAUGAUCAAACCUCUCUGUGUGGGGGCGCCAGCACUGACAGCAGGAGGGUUUUUGCUGCUCUGACACCGCUGAUAUAAACCUGUGAGACCCCCAUCAGCUCUCAGAGGAGACGGGCCUCACAGCUCUCGAUAACAUGGGUGAAGAUUGCAGCGAGCUGUUAAAUGGUGACUGCGAAGCAGCGCGGCAGGCCAGUGACAUCACCUUUAGCACCAGCAUAACCCCCACCACCACCCUGCGCAGGAAGCAGGUGCUGUGGCAGAACGCCGUCAGGAACAUCAUCGACCAGCACCACCUGUACACGCUGAGGCUCACCGGGGGCCUGGAGCAAGGCAGGCACCGCAUCAAAGUUACUGAUGCCUACAUCGCUGAGAUCAACAGGCAGAUCCGAAAUAAGGCGUCUCGUGGAGCAUUUUGGCAGAAGCGGCGUUCUUCGGUGGCCCGUGUUCACCCAACAGUCCCCGCAGCAAAACCGACCAAACACGACUCACUCAGUGAUGCUGACUUCUUUGUGUCGAGUGGGUGGACGGUGCGAGGCGUCUUCAUCCCCACACUGCAGCACAAAUUCAAGUCUGCAGACUUGGAGCAGCUCUACCAGCAGUUCUCCUCGGCUCAGAGAAGAACCUCGCUGGUCGUCACCAUCGUUGUCGACAUCCUGACCCGCCUGCUUGUCUCGCUGCUAACGUGGCCACAGGGCUGGUGGGGAAUGGCCUGCAAUUGGCUUACCGGCCUGUCAGUCAUCCUGUGGACAGGAAUCUGCCUGCUGGUGCUGGCCCGAAAGGAAGUGAUGUUGUCGCCUCAGUGGCUUAGGUAUCUGUCGGUGGUCAGCUGGUUGUCUCAGACCUUCCAGGUGCUGGUUGGUGUUUUCAGCUGGGCAGAGAGCGAUCACUCUUGGUAUGUCUUCUUCACUCUCUUCUCUAUCUACACCCUGCUGCCACUUCCCCUCCUCUGGUCUAUCCUUGCUGGGGCAACCACCUCAACCCUGCACCUCUUGGUGGAUUUCUGUUGUCACUAUGGUGACAGCAGCUUCGUCAGAACGGUGUUGUCCAAGGCCCUGCUGUACCUGGCUAUGAACACUGCAGGUCUGUUCAUUCACUACCUGUCUGAUCGGACUCAGAGACAGUCCUUCCUGGAGACCCGACGCUGCAUCGAGGGACGAGUCAGACUGGAAAGGGAGAACAACAGGCAGGAGCGCCUGGUGAUGUCCAUUCUGCCGCGAUUUCUGGUUCUAGAGAUGAUCGCUGACAUGGCCAUCAUGGAUGAAUAUCUGCUGCCUCACCAGUUGCACAAGAUCUAUAUUCACCAUUACAGGGAUGUCAGCAUCCUUUUUGCAGACAUCAUCGGCUUCACGUCUCUCUCGUUGAUUCUUUCGGCUCAGGAUCUUGUUAAAACUCUCAAUGAACUAUUUGGUCGCUUCGACAGGCUGGCUGAGGAGCACCAGUGUUUGCGUAUUAAGAUCCUGGGUGACUGUUAUUACUGUGUAUCAGGAGUCCCAGAGCCUCAGCGAGGACACGCCCGCUGCUGUGUGGAAAUGGGCCUCAGCAUGAUCAACACUAUACGUUAUGUUCGUCAGGAGCUGCAGCAGGAGGUGGACAUGCGAAUCGGCGUCCACUCAGGCUCUGUCCUUUGUGGCAUUUUGGGUCUUCAGAAGUGGCAAUUUGACAUCUGGAGCUGGGAUGUGGAUGUCGCCAACAGUUUGGAGGCUGCAGGAUUGCCUGGGAAGGUUCACAUCUCACAGGCUACUCUGGACUGUCUGGGUGGGAUCUAUGAGACGGAGGCGGGACAUGGCCAAGAGCGCAGCGAGUUUCUACGGAAACACAACAUUGACACAUACCUGGUCCGUCCGGCAUCGAGGGAAGAUGUGCAGCCGCCUAAAGCAAGGCGCCCCAGUUACGACGAGACAACGUGGAGUGCUGAGCUGCCGUUUGGAGACAUCCUUGGAAAGAAUUUUAUCCUUGCCACUUUUACCAAUGGUUCUUUGACUCAGCUGCCCAAUCAUAUCGCAGCUCAGCGCUCUGGAACACGGGAAGUGAACAAGAGGAUUCGCCAGGCCAUAGAGGUGCGCAGCAGCGAGCGAAUGAGGAAGGAGCACAUCACCACCUUCACUCAGGUUUUCAAGGACUCCCAUAUGGAGGGAAAGUAUUCCCAGAUGAGAGAUGAACUCUUCAAAUCCAACAUGGCUUGUUCCUUCAUUCUGCUGCUGCUGCUGAUGGCGGUCCAGGUGCUAAUCCCAGCCCCAAGGUUGUGUCCAAUGGUCGCUCAGUUUGUGGUCAGUGGUGGCAUUUACUUCCUGCUCCUG